CCAAUGAAGCACUUUGUUCUGCAAAACCGAAACCAAAACAAGAAGAAAAAGCAAAACGAAGAAUCCAAAACAAAACCAAAUAAAAAUCAAACAAAAAGAGUGAGCAAAAGCACCCCAAAUCAAUCAUGAAUCCGUUUAGAUUGGCUGGCGACAUGACCCACCUCCUCAGCAUAGUGGUCCUUCUCCUCAAAAUUCGUACAAUGAAAUCCUGUGCAGGAAUUUCACUUAAAACUCAAGAACUCUAUGUGAUAAUUUUUGUCACUCGUUACCUUGAUCUGUUCACGAGGUACGUCUCAUUCUACAACUCUGUAAUGAAGCUAGUCUUUCUUGGAACUUCAAUCGCUAUUGUUUGGUAUAUGCGGUACCAUAAAGUUGUGAAGCAAACAUAUAACAAGGAUGAAGACACCUUUAGACAUUAUUUCCUGAUUCUCCCAUGUUUGGUUUUGGCUUUGUUGAUUCCCCAUGAGUAUAAUACUAUUGAGAUUUUGUGGAGUUUCUCAAUCUAUCUUGAAGCUGUGGCAAUCUUGCCUCAACUGGUGUUGCUGCAAAGGUCAAGCAAUAUUGACAACUUAACUGGAAACUAUGUUUUCCUUCUUGGUGCUUACCGAGCUUUAUAUAUCCUCAACUGGGUUUAUCGUUUCUUCACGGAGAACAAAAUCAGAUGGAUACCUUGGGUUUCAGGCCUGAUUCAGACUGCCCUCUAUGCUGACUUUUUCUACUACUAUUUUAAAAGCUGGAAGAACCGCGAGAACCUGAAGCUGCCUGCCUGAGUUGAUAAAGUCUUUUUUCGUUUAAUGUUCUGCUAACAUAUGAAGAAAGGUCACUCCCAUGGCUGUUUUUAAAUAAUAGAUAAUUUCCUAAUUUCACUUUGA